CUGGGCCCCGCCCCUUCAUUUAAAUAAGGGCAGGACAUGACAGCAGAGACAGGUGCUUAUUCGGAUCUCAAUGGACUACGCGACCUGAUGUCUACGUUUUAUCCGAUGUGGCGUUAACUUAAGUCAACUCUCCAUGGUUGAUGGUCUGAUUUGCACUUUGCGGUGAUAUUUAGACAAGAGGCCCCUGGAGCUCCGGGGCCUGCCCUAAUCGUUUUCUCUCUGUGCGAUGCCUAAGAGUGACACGUGGCCCGGCAGCGUUGCCCCAGAACCUUCCAGCAGUAAUAUGGACAGCGCUGGAAGCUGUGACAGCGUGAUCAGCACCAACUCUGGCUUUAGUGUGGACAGUCUGCAGCACCUGUCUGCCGCGGAGAGGGAGUGUCUUAUGUAUCUGGAGGAAACAAUUGACUCUCUGGACGUGGAUGAAGACAGUGGACUGUCCAAUGACGAGCCAGAAGCUUCCCAUCAGGCUGCAGCUAUAGCCGUCCACCCCUCAAAAGCUGCGGAUCAGAGCGGAGAAGACUCUGAAAGGGACCAGGGCAGACCUGUCCAUCAUGGGGUGCCCACAACCCUUCCCCUGGCCAACGGUUUUGGGAACCUCCCACAGAUGGCCCCGGCAGACGUCCAUGAACCUAAAACCCCUGAGGUGUCAAACAACUCAAACACUCCGUUGGAAACAGAAACAGGAGAAUUGGAAACAUCUAAGUUACACUGUGAGGUACAACAAAUUGACUCCGCAACCGACAAAUUGGCUCCGCAAGCACAGAUGUUAGCUUCAGCGGCAGAUGGGGACUGUGACCUGUGUGCCCCCUCGGACACUAAGCUUGAGCCCAAUCAGUCCAGCCCUCAGCCUGAGACUGAGCUGAUUUUGAUCCCCCCUCCGUCUGACUUCAUGGAUGAACCAGGGCCUGAGCCACAAUCAAGGCCAGAGCCACAACCAGGGCCAGAGCCACAACCAGAGCCUGAACAACAAUCAGGGCCUGAGCCACAACCAGAGCCUGAACCACAAUCAGGGCCUGAGCCACAACCAGAGCCUGAACCACAAUCAGGGCCAGAGCCACAACCAGAGCCUGAACCACAAUCAGGGCCUGAGCCACAACCAGAGCCUGAACCACAAUCAGGGCCUGAGCCACAACCAGAGGAGCGCCCGGAUCCUACCGUAUCCGUGGAGACGCCUGUCAGAAGACAGCAUGUCGAUGUGGAGGAGCUCCGUAAGAGAGCCUCCAGCAAGAGAGCUCCUGUGAGCUCCGAUGUCGUCCAUCCACCGGUCCCCCACCUGGCUGUGGCAGAAGUGCCUGAGACUCUCAGUGCACCCCACUCCCAGACGGUUACCUCAGCCAACCUUCUCCCGGAACAUCUUGAGCCCAAGAGCCCACCUGCUGUGGCCCCAAAGCCCAAGAAACUUCCCUCAAACAUCAUCUUCAAGUCCCAGAAGCCUUUUGCCGAUAGUAACUUCUCCCCACCUGCCAGUGACAGGAUGCUGUCGGAAGGCCAGAAGAUCCGCAUGGAAGCGCUCAGAAAGCUUGGUCUCCUCAAAGCCGAAGACGCAGACUUAGAUCCACGCCUGAGUCUGCCUACUAGUUCCCACUCCAGGAGGUCUUGGGCUGCCCCCUUGUCUCCAGCAGCUCGGCAAACUCCCCCAUCACCUUCGAUUCGAACGCCAUCGCCUACCGUUUCCACCGUCCCAGUGCCCCCUCCCUGGGCCGAGGUUUCCACACAGGCCAACGCGGCUUUGACGCCGGCAGCUCUGGCCAAAGAUAUUCUCCCAGUGCCUUCUGCUUUCAGUGACACCGGUAAACCACCGUCCCUAUAUCACAGCCAGGAAGCAUCUCCCGCUAAGAUCAUUAUCUCAGCUCCCACCGUUAACACCGGUGUCAAAUCUGCCACCCUUGCACACUCGGGAACAGGCUUGAGUAGCCUCCAGCCAAGCCUCGGCGUGCUGCGUAACGGCCGCCCCCGCCCCGCCUCUCUGGGCUCCGGGAAGGACUUUUCUCAUGUCAAGGUGGAGGCGUUAGCGCCCAACGUUAAGGAUGCUAGCACCAGGAGGUCCACCCCGGUCGCCCCUGUCUCGCAGAACGCUGGAGAGUCCACGGGAGUGCCUCGCUACCACGGGGUCAGCGUGGUCAUCUGCCCCCGCGCGGAAAACGACGAGGGCCGACGCCAUGCCCUCAAGAAGCUUGGUCUACUGAAGGACUAGCCGCCGCCUGGACCCAUUUUACCGUCUUUUGUUCUGGGCUCUCUGCCCCCUUCGAAGGACCUCAGAUGGUGAUUGGCUAGGUGAGCAAAGCAGAUGUACAGUCUCUGCUGUGUCGUGUAACUUUAUUGUUGUGUUAAAUGGUCUUUUCAAGUGUAACCGUACUAUCAUGGUUACUUGAUUUCUCUUGUUUUAUUUUUCUUAGAAUAGAAGCAAGGGCAUUUUCUUUACAUUUUUAUCAAUUCAAAUGCAUCCAACUUCUUCUGGAGCUGUGUGACUAUAUAUAUAUAUAUAUAUAGACACACAGCUCCAGAAGAAUUGGCUUAUACAGUAGUAGCUUAGUAGCUUAUACCAGAUAUAAGCUACUAUAUACAUAGUAGCUUAUAUCUGGUCCAAUGCAACUUUGUUUUUUUUGUUAUUUAUCAUGUCAAUGCCCUUUGUGCUUCUUUCAUAAAUGGGCUAUCUGUUAUUUUUGGCUUACCUACAACCUUCUUCUGAUUUUGGUUUGUAAAAUAAGUGGGUUUGCAUGACUUUUAUGAUGCAUUGUAAGAUAAGGGGACAAUCAACACUCACUUGAAAGUCACUUUAGAUGAAGCAUGAGCUAAAUGUAACUGCAGUAAAUGUAAGCUAGACGAUGAAUGUUGGAUAUGGAGGGACGCAAUGAAGGAUUUCAGACACUGAUUUCUUAUUUAUAUUGAAAAGUAAUGCAUUGCACUUCAAAUAUUAAUAAAAUGCUCAAGAGUUUUUAAACAUAUCAUUUAUAUAAUAUUCUAAAUUCAAGUUCUGGCGUAAUUACUAAAUCAAUAGUUUCACUCUUUAAAAUACUUCCUAUAAAAAACCUGGUUAGCCUCUACUCAAAAAAACAUGUGAAGUCAACAAUGUUUCUUGUGAGUGUCAGGUGUGUUCCUUUCCUCUCUAGAGAUGAAAGUGCACGAAAAAGUCCAUGCACAUACACUGGUUCAACUAUUAACUCUAUAUAGGCCCUGUAGCGGGAUAAGAAUCUGAAACAUGUGGUUAGUGUGCUCUCAGCAAUGACGCACGUGUUAAACCUCACUACCUUGUUAGCUGGCUCCUCUCACAGUGCAGCGCUUUUCCUCUCUCCAAAGUCAUGUUUAAAAAAAAAUAGGUUGUAUUUAGGGAACGAUAACAUCAACCUCAUCCGACACGUCCGGGAAUAGGACGUGAUAUGUAAAGUGUAUGUAAAAUGUGUUUCUCAUAACACAGUACAACAGUUCUGUUUUUCAUUUAGUUAUACUCCUCUGUGUUAGUUAUAUUGUAAUGAACUAUAAUUAAUGCGACAACAUUAUGCUGCUUUUGAGUUUGUUUCUUAAUAUUCCAGAAGUCCUAAUCCAGGCUUUACACACACACACACACACACACACACACACACACACACACACACACACACACACACACACACACACACACACACACACACACACUCAUGGAAGUAUGAGAUAUCUGAUGUCGCUGUGUGAUGGGAAGUACAUCCAUAGGUGCCACUGGUCUGGACUGCAGCCUCAGCACCUUUAUCUGAUGUAACGCUGGAGCAGAACUGGAGGAACCUGUUUCCUCCAGCUCGUUUUUCAGCCUGUGUGCAAUGCAGUGUGCAUGAGAUGUACACUUGUGAGCUGACAGAAUAACAAAGUGUGCGUGUGGUGCACCUCUGGGGUGGAAUGUCUGCUUCACACACCAGGGGAGAUUCCUCUUGUUGUUCCUGCUCUUCAGUUUGUUCUGCGCAGUUAAGUAUAAAGGAAGUUCCAGUUCAGAUGCAACACAUUGUUUACUACCAUUGUUAAAGCACAUAGAGUCCAUGAUACAAGACAAAGGGGACACAUCGUGUCAUCGAACGUGGGUGCAUCUCCCGGGUGCGGUCGCUUUGGGAUGUGUGGAAUGACUGAGGCCAUGCCAAUGUAUACAUGUGGAAAUAAGUGUCCUUUUCAACAUCAGACAGGCUUUCGUUGGGCGUCAUCUGGAACACACCCAUAGUAGAUCAUUUCCCAUCCAACACGUUUAAUAGUAGUGACUCACUAGCAAACAUGACAACAAUUCCUCUUUAUGAAGAGGGGGAGAUAAUUUUGCUCGUUGCAGAACAUUACGAAAUCCCUGUUGGUUUUUAUGUUGACAUUAUAUUGUCAGAAAAUAUAUAAUAAUUAUAAAACACAAUGUAUAAAUAUAGAUGAAUCAGGGGAAAAUUUGGCCUGACUUAUAUAGAUUGGAUUAAUAUUUAAUGCACAAGUCUGUUUUUUUUUUUUUUUUAAAAAGGCUUCUUUAUACCUGACAUACGCUCAAGUUCAACAGCAUCUACCUGCUUUUCUAAGAGUCUGAUAUAUGUCCUCUUGAACCCUGAAUAUGUGCAAAAGCAACAGGGAAGUAAACACCUGUUAGGCAUCAUUGAGCCAGCAGACCUCGGAGCGCUACUCCAGUUUGACAUGCUGGUAUGUAAACUCUCUAGUCUAGGCCUUCACUUUCCUCCUCCGCUGAAACUGAGGGCACAGUGACACCUGUCACUUUCACUUUUCUCCUCCAAGGCAUUCAGCCCUGCUGAUUCAGUGUCAGCAGCAGAACACAGACUGGAUCUUAGCCCAUGUAUUGUGGACAAAGACAGCAAACUUGCAGGCUUUUUUUUUUGCAAUCAUUGGUAAGAUUCUACCCCACACAGAGAAGAUCAGGUUGAAGUGUUUCAACAACAGGUUUUUUAAUGUAAACAUAUUAUAAUGUAAACCUGGUUGCCUAUACCAUUUACUGCCAAGACACAAAGGCUUAGCUAUUAAAGAUAUUAAUUAUCUAUCAAUGGCAUCCUUACUGAAAAAGUAUGGUUCUAUGGACACGGUGACCGCUAGGUGGCGGUGGAGAUUCAUGGUUAGUUUCUUCCCUUUGGCUCUCCAGUCAUAAGUCGUUUUUUCACGACGGAUUACCCUGCUGUGACAGAGGUUUCAAAAACAAUCUGAGUUUGUUAAUGUGUAUUGUAAGCCUUUAUUAUUUUUCCUGCUUUACAUAGAGAAAAAUGAUAAAAUAGCAUUGGCCUUUACUUUUUAAACUCCCCCAUAGUUUGGCAACUGUGCUGCAACAACCACGAUUAACUUUUCUUAAUAGGCCAUUGCAUUUGUCUUUUGUCAUUCAGUUAUGUUUUGAGCAAUGGGCUACAGUUGAUAAGACUCACAAAGAAACUAAAUGAUGUACUUCAAACGUUCAAGAAUGGCAAAUUGUGAAGGCCAAUUGUUCCCCAUAGCCCAUUGAGUUGGCCUAUUUUAUGCCAAUGAAAAGAACUAUUAUUAUGUUUCAAAAUGUCUUUCUCUGGUGAUAACGCAAUGAAAGAGUUGAAUUAAUGAGUAAUAUUACACUCCACACGUUACACUCCACAUUGUUUUCACCAAAUUUUCAGCUCUCAUUUUCGUAGCGUUAUUUAUUUAUUGUAGUUAAUUAACAAAUUACAUCAGUUCCACUCAACAGCCAGAUGUUAAACCGAGGACAGUAGAUCUUUCAAAUGCAGCAGAAAGGAUAAAACGCAUAGGCCUUUGCUGUCUCCUUAAGGUCGUACUCUUUUAACUAGAUACAAAUAACUACAUUUGUAUACAGUGAGUUUGGACUGGACCUGACCCAGAGUGACUCUGAGACUUAAGCAGAUUUGAGAGCUGCACUUUGAAAGUUCUUUCCAUUAAAUAAUGAUAUUGUAAUGUGAGCAAAAGAGCAGGGUUUGGUUUUAUUUGCUUGUCUUGUUUUCUGUUCUGCAACGUUCAACAAUCUUAUCGCAUUCCUUAUCGCAAACAAGAUGAAUGUGCACACUUCAGACUUAAUCUCAAACCAUUCUUUAUCCUUUUAUCCAACAUUAUCAUCCUUAUUAUCUCCUUCUCUGCAAUUUUGCACAACCCCUUUGUGGCCAUCCGUAAACAAUAUGAAUGAGUGCACUUUAAUCUUCCUCUC